AUGUCCUCCGAUGAAGCAUCGAAUUUUGAUUUUAUAAUAUCUAUCUAUCUAUCUAUCUAUUUCUAUCUAUCUAUCUAUCUAUCUAUUAUUUCUGUCUUUCUCUCUGGUGGGUUUGAUCAUGAUUUAUAUACUUUAAUUUAUAUAUAUUUUUUUUAUUUUUCAAAUCUAUCUAUUUAUCUAUCUAUCUAUCUAUCUAUCUAUCUAUCCUUUCUGUUCUUGCAAAAAGGUUUGAUAUUCAUAUAUAUUUUAUCCCUAUAUAUUCUUUACUUUUCAAAUCUAUCUAUCUAUCUAUCUAUCUAUCUAUCUAUCUAUUUGUAUCUAUCUAUUUAUUUCCUUUUAUCUAUCUAUUUAGCUAUCUAUCUAUCUAUCCUUUCUAUUGUGUAUUCAAAUCUAUCUAUCUAUUUCUAUCUAUCUAUCUAUCUAUCUAUCUAUCUUUUCUAUCUAUCUAUCUAUCUUUUCUCCUUCAACUUUGUCUGGGUUUUUAUCUGUUCAGAUAUAUUUGUUUUUUUAUCAAGAUAUACCUUUGUGACCAUUUCUAUCUAUCAUUCUAUCUAUCUUUCUAUCUAUUAUCUAUCUAUCUAUCUAUUCUAUCUAAUUUUCUCUCUGGGUUUGAUCAAAUAUAUACUUUAUCCCUAUAUACCUUUGUGCAUUCAUUUCAUCUAUCUAUCUAUCUAUCUAUCUAUCUAUUAUCUAUUUAUCUAUCUAUCCUUUCUGUCUUUCUUCUAUUUAUCACAUAUAUAUAAAAAUCUUUAUAUAUAUUUGUGUAUUAAAAUUCUUUAUCUAUCUAUCUAUCUAUCUAUUUCUAUCAUCUAUCUAUCUAUCUAUCUAUCCUUUCUAUAUUAUAAUGGAAAAGAUUUUUUAUAUACCUUUUUGUAUUCAAAUCUAUCUAUCUAUCUAUCUAUCUAUCUAUCUAUCUAUCUAUCUAUCUAUCUAAAAUCUAUCAUCUUUCUAUCUAUCUGUCUAUAUUUAUAUUUAUUUCUAUAUACAAAAACGUGUAUUCAAAAAAUAUCUAUAUAUAUAUUAAUUUAUUCAUUCAUAUAUCUAUAUAUCUAUCUAUCUAUCUAUCUAUCUAUCUAUCUAUCUAUCCUUUAUAUUUUUCUAAUGCAUGGGUUUGAUCAUUUUAUAUACUUUAUCCCUAUAUACCUUUUUGUAAAUUCUAUCUAUCUAUCUAUCUAUCUAUCUAUCUAUCUAUCUAUCUAUCUAUCUAUCUAUCUAUCUAUCCUUUCUUUCUUCUUUCUAAACUGA